AUGUUCACAGUUCCUGAAGUUGGCGAUAAUAUCGAUGUUUCUUCUUCGAUUGAAAAAACAAUGUCAUCAACUGAACCCCAAACGACUACAGAACCUCUACAUUCACCUUCAUUGAUAACACCUUCCCAAGCAAAUACUACAAUAGAAAAACAAGAAAAAAUUCCAAUUAAAACAGAAGUUUCACCACCACCACCAUCAUCCUCAUCAUUAGCAGCAACUUCUAAUCAACAUCUUUCACGUCUAAGUCUUUUUCAUCGAAAUACGAUUCAUGUAUGUGAUCAUAUUGUUGAUCGUGUGUAA